UGGUUUGUUGUUCCGGUAAAAUUUACUUUUGCAUGCUAAUUCAUAUUAGGUGAUGCUAUUAGCAGCUACAAUUUUGAUUGGUUCUGGCAGGUUCCUUAAAUCUGAUCGUUAUUCACUAACUAAAUUUGACUAGAUUUAAUGAAUCUAGUGUGUUCCUAUCAAAAUUGUAGAUAUAAGUAUAACUUUCCUUUUGUAAUAGGAGUAGCUUGCCUGUUAGUCUAGUCAAUCAUCUUGUUGUGAAAAAGAAGACAGUGGGAUGAUAGGGUGACUUAAAGUGGGUCAAAGUAUAUUAGGGAUGAUAACAUGAGAUGGGAUCCUUUAUUAAAAGAUUAUUCCUAGUGGUACCCUCGACGGUCCCCUCAAAUGGUGAUGAGUUAGUAUUUCGAUGUGUCAGUACAUUAGUGGUUUAACUUUUUAGACUGUGACUCCUCAGCAUCGCUUGAGGGGAUUUUCUUUUUUUAUAGUACUCUGAAAGUGUAGGGCUCCUGGGCCUUACUCUGGUCUUAUAAGAUACCUUCUCUUGCCCCUAAAAAUACUUCCCUUAUAUUAUACUCUUCCUUGCUGCUUCCUCUCCAACCAAAGCCUGUAAAGCUAAAGGAGAACACAAACAACCCCACAUGACCCUUCUCACUUUUAUGUUUAUCUUGUUCCAUGUCUUGAUACAAACAAAUGAGCACAAGGCCCUUCUGUCUAUAUAUAUGUAUUCAAAUUUGCUUGCUAGUUUUGAAUUGAGAUGCAGUAAUGGCCACCGGCGAGAGGCAAUGGGUUGUGGAUGUCCGUAACAGGCUCAAGGACGUGAACCUGUCGGCAGAGAUGGAGCAGUGGGGGAAGCACUCCAUAUACAGAGUGCCGUCCUGCAUCAAAGAUCUCGACCCCAAGGCCUACAAGCCGCAGGUCGUGUCCUUCGGCCCGUUCCACCACGGCGAGGCCCAUCUGCAGCCCAUGGAGGAGCACAAGCAGCGGGCCCUGAUGCACUUCCUCAGGCGCCCCAACGUGCCGUUUGAGUUCGACGACCUCGUGGCGGCCGUGUAUGAGGUGGUGCAGCCGCUGCAGGACGCAUAUCAGAAACUGGAAGAGGUAUUCAGCAAUAAGGAUCGAUUUGUGGAGCUGAUGAUCGUGGACGGGUGCUUCAUGUUGGAGGUGAUUCGGGUGACCGCGGGCCGGUCCAGUGACUACGCGUCCAAUGACCCAAUAUUCAGCAGACAUGGAGUGCUCUACACCGUGCCGUACAUACGGCGCGACAUGCUGAUGAUUGAGAACCAGCUGCCUCUUCUGGUCCUGGAGAAGCUCAUUGCUGUCGAAACAGGAAAACCUAUGAACGAGGACCUGAUCAACAGGCUGGUGCUCAAGUUCCUGUCGCCGGCGUCGCGGCCCCUUGCGGCUGGCCUGGGCCUGGGCCUGCACCCUCUGGACGUGUUCCGGAAGAGCAUGCUUCAAAGCCCACCCCGCGGCUUGCGUCGCCGGACCACUUUCGAGCCGGCCUCAAGCGAGAUCAUCCGGUCGGCCGUGGAGCUUUACGAGGCCGGCAUCCGUUUCAAGAAAAGCAAGACCGAGAGCCUGCGCGACAUCCAAUUCAAGCACGGCGUGCUCAGCUUGCCGGUCAUCGUAGUGGACGAUUCGACCGAGUACAUGUUCCUCAACCUCAUGGCCUUCGAGCGCCUCCAUGUCGGCGCCGGCAACGAGGUCACAUCCUACGUCUUCUUCAUGGACAACAUUGUCGAUUCCUCCAAGGACGUGAGCCUGCUGAAUUCCAGAGGGAUCAUACAGAAUGCCAUCGGAAGCGACAAGGCGGUGGCCAAGCUGUUCAACAGCCUGUCAAAAGACGUGGUGCUCGACCCGGAGAGCUCGCUCGACGAUGUACACCGCAUGGUUAGCGAGUACUGCCGAAAGCCGUGGAACAUGUGGCGCGCCAACCUGAUCCAUACCUACUUCAGGAGCCCCUGGGCAUUUCUUUCACUCGCUGCCGCCAUCUUUCUGCUUGUCAUGACCAUCAUGCAGACCGUUUAUACCGUCAUGCCGUACUACCAAAGCAAGUCUUCUUCUCCGCCGCUGCCACCACCGCCUUUCGCUCCGUCGCCGCAAUGAAUUUGAUUAUUUGGCUUGCUAUUCACUUGGUUUUGGUCCUCCUGAGUUUGCUGGUUCUUUCUUUAUAUACUCGGUGUGAGUUUUUGUUUUUUCUUUUGUUUGUUUGAGACAUAGAGUGAUUUUUUUUUGUUUCCUCCGAUUUUCCUUUGUUUUUGAAGGGAUUGCUUUCUGAUAAAUGGUUCUGUGAUGUUUGUUUUGAGAAGAAGAGGAAUUUUCUAUCGAUUUCAUACAGAAUAGAUAAACAUUGGAUACAAUCUUGUUGCCUACUUUA